AUGCUGCAAUUAGCAAACAUUGAACCAAUUAGAGCCCGUGUUAGCUUAAGGUUCGAUGCUACAAUCGAUUGUCGUGUCUCAAGCAGCCUUUUCGAGCACUUGAAGGAAACAAUAGUCCCUGAAGACAAUAAUGAAGACCCUUCAUCGCUGAGAGCAGUAUACGCAAGUGUUCUAAUUGGCGGAUAUGAUAAAUUUAAGCGGUCAAAGCUGGUACGUUGUACAGUAAAUGCAGAUCUUGGGACAGAAUGGAUAGAACUGCCAUCCAAACUUUUCGGUAUCCAAAGGGGUGUACCAGCCAUAGACGUGUGUGAAAUUUGGCCCUUCAAAGGAACAAUUCCAGUGCUACGUGAUCUUACCAUUGCAACGCAACCUGCUCUUUAUGAUCGAUUGUUGGAGCUGGAAAACCCUCGAGACAGACUCCGAUUUGUGAUCCUCAAAGCUGGUAUAAGUGCAGCUUCGGUAUUGCAUGUUGGGGAUGAGCUAGUGGAGAAUUGGUGCACGGUUUUAGACUGUGGUGAGCAUAACUAUCAAGGGUUGAUCGAUCAAGAUAAUACCAAAGUUCUGUUUGUAAGGGGAGAGCGUCUUCAAGAUAGCUCUUCCAACAUUCGCUUAGAAAAAAAAACCAUGGAUGUGAACCUUUUGCACAACGUGGUGCAAAAGCUUCCUCUCAGAGCUCUUUUAUCCCCGAUUAACCCAGAUUUGCUGCGGCCAAUAUGCUCAGAACACGAAGAUGAAUCCCUGUUUGUGUUUGGAGAUGCUUCCACAAUGAUGGAACUUGGUCUCAGCAGUGGCUCGUAUAUCACCUUGAGUCACAAGGAUAAAACCAAAAUUGCCAAAGCCAUGGUUUUUCUGGCACCCCACAACUUUAAACCAGGAACUAUUUAUGCGGGACCGCGUGUCAUGGCCCUGUUCAAAAACGUAGAACACAUCAGCGUCGAAAGAUGUAUGUUCUCGGCUACAAAUAUUCCGGUGGCUUCGUCGGUCGCAUUGACCAGGGUCGGAUCGUGGAACAAUUGUCAAAGAAUUUAUGAGAAUGUAAUCUCCAAGAACUUGACGAAGUUUCUUACUCAGCGUCAGCGUAUUUUGAAAGAGGGAGACCUUCUUCCCAUAUCUUUUGAUUCCAGGCUAUCACCGUUUUAUACAGAGGUCGCCAUGGAAAUCGAUCUCUCAGGACAGCCGGAUUCCAUAGUUUGGUUUAGGGUUGAAACUGUUGAACUCGAAGAGAAUUCCCCGUAUGCUGGUGAAUUUAGGAUCGAUAGUAAAAAGACCACCCUGCUAACACAAAACCUGGUCUCCGAACCUCCUUUGUCAUUGUCACACUGCAAUUAUCUGGCCUACAAUGACCUCCCACCUGUUUUUAGCUACAGCUCUAUGGACUUUGACUAUUAUAAACGAUUCGUUGACAUUAUCAAUGUGAGCAUGAAGCUACGAGAGCAAGGUGUUUCACGUCCCAUCGCGAUAAUCCUUCACUCCACUACUGGAGGCGUAGGAAAGGGCAAUUUGGUAAGAUCUGUUGCCCAACACCAAGGCCUGCAUCUCAUCGAACUGGACUGUCUCUCUAUCAACUCUGCACAAGGAUCUGCCGAGGCCAUGCAGAAAACGAUUGGUUACAUAAGAGCAAAACUUGAGCCUCUACUACCAUUUGUGGAGCCUUCUGUGGUCUUUUUACCUCAUUUGGAUUCGCUUGUUCAGAAAGAAGAUGAACAACAGGAUCCAAAUAGCUCAAGAUUGAACAGAUUUUUGGCCCUUGAACUUGCAUCACUGAUAGAUCACUGCACAUCUCAUGGUGCAGUGUUUGUGGGCUCGGUACAUGAAAUUAGCGGGCUACCGAACGCCGUACUUUCGAAGGCCCAGUUUUGCAUUGAAGUUCCUGUGCCAACAGAGGCCCAAAGGGAGCAUAUUUUUCGAUGGUACCUGGAUAACUAUCAACUAAAUUAUUGCACAGGAGGACUGACGCGAUUCAGGCUGGAUAGCAACGUUUCUUUAGCUAAGCUAUCACAGCGAUCAGCAGGUUUGUCCCCGGGCGACAUCAAAUCCAUCGUGCUCGCUGCCAGGUCUUCGGCGCUAAGCAACUUCAUUUCAAAAGAAAAUCACAGAGAAAAGUACACUUUACAGGGACACUUCCUGGACAUUACUGAAGCUGAACUUUUUUCCGAGAUUGAAUCGGCGCGAGAAGAGUUUUCCGAUUCCAUCGGUGCUCCCAAAAUACCUAACGUUUCUUGGGCAGACAUCGGAGGCAUGGACUUAGUGAAGGGCGAUAUCAUGGACACUAUAGAUUUGCCGUUGAGGCAUCCUGAGAUGUUCAGCUCUGGGUUAAAGAAAAGAAGUGGGAUUUUGUUUUACGGUCCUCCUGGAACGGGAAAAACGUUAUUAGCCAAAGCGAUUGCCACCAAUUUCUCACUCAAUUUUUUCAGUGUUAAGGGACCAGAGCUGUUGAACAUGUACAUAGGAGAGUCGGAGGCAAACGUCCGUCGAGUUUUCCAAAAAGCUAGAGAUGCAAAACCUUGCGUUAUAUUUUUCGAUGAGCUCGACUCUGUUGCUCCGAAACGUGGUAACCAGGGUGAUUCUGGUGGUGUGAUGGACCGCAUCGUUUCCCAACUACUUGCCGAACUCGACGGUAUGAGUACAGGAGGAAACGGAGUGUUCGUUAUUGGUGCUACUAACAGGCCUGAUCUUCUGGACGAAGCGCUCCUCAGACCGGGCAGAUUUGAUAAACUGCUUUAUCUAGGAAUUCCUGAUACCAAUGCAAAACAACUAAACGUUCUGUCAGCUUUAAGCAGGAAGUUUUGUUUGGACAAAGACGUGGAUUUGGCCCAGGUGGCCGAAGUCUGUCCAUUCAACUAUACUGGUGCUGAUUUUUACGCUCUAUGCUCUGAUGCAAUGUUGAAUGCUAUGACAAGAACAUCGCGAGACGUAGAUGAAAAGGUCAAGGCUUAUUGCGAACACACGCAGAAAGAAGUAUCUACACGUUAUUGGUUUGACAACGUGGCUACCGAGGAGGAUUCGAUUGUGACCGUACAGAUGGAAGAUUAUUUGAAGGCGCAAGAAAGUCUCACUCCCAGUGUAUCAAGUGAAGAGCUUGCACACUAUCUAAGAGUGAAAUCUAAUUUUGAAGGCUCCGAUGCAGGAACCGCCUGA